UAGUAUAUAAUGAGUGGUUGAAAAUGUGACACGCAUGCUUAAAUACAGUACGGAAUUUUAAGUUCCGUAUUCAAUAGGGAGAAUACGGAAUUUUAAAUUCCGUAUUUGAUAAAGUGGGGUGCCAAGCCCCAUAGGUGGGGUGCCAAACCCAACUCCCCUCUCUCCCUCAUCUAACUGAUUCAUGCUCUCACUCUCUCAUCACUCUCCUUCUCUCUCGUUUUCUUUCUGCUGAAACAUCACCAUGUUCCACUCUUCUUCUAUGGCUCCUCCUUCCUCCACAGAGUUGUGCACCAUCGUCUCCUCCUCUGUUCCAGGCGAGCCACAACAUCCUCCUCUAUUCCAGGCGAGCCACAACAGCCACGACCACACCACCAGAAAAAGAGAUGAUGCGUCCUCCGAUGCUGCCACCACCCUUCCAUCCCUAAUGUCAUGAGAGCUUCAAUCCGUCCUGACAUCGGAAAUUUCGCCCAUUUCAACAUCUCCAAAAACAGCCGCCAGCCUUUCGUCGUCUCCCGCCGCGCCGGCCACCAGUGCUCCGCCGAGUCUUGAGGAACUGGUCGUGCUUUCUCCCAUAUCCCCCGUGUCCCCGGUGGUUGUACCCACCAUGCUGGCCAGGGAGCUUUCGGAAACAUGUGCCGUGGUGGUCACAUGUUCGCUCCCACCAAUAUCAGGCGCCGCUGGCACCGCAAUAUCAACGUGAACCAGAAGCGCCACGCCUGGUCUCCGCCAUCGCAGCCUCCGUUGUUCCGUCAUUCAUCCUCGCGGCCACCGCAUCGAGACCGUCCCGGAGUUUCCCCUUGUCGUCAGCGACUCUGAUGUGAAUGGAGAUUUGGAUGUAGCAUCUGAUUGGGAGCACAGAGUUAGCAAGCUGUUGCAAAAGCAUUUUUGGUUUUCAGCAUUGAAAAGUUUUCAGAAGGAAGCCCUAGCUGCUUGGGUUGCAAUUGAAGAUUGUCUUGUUCUUGCUACAACAUGAUCUGGUUUUGUUAUUUCUCUCUGAUUAAUCUUGUGUGCUUCUUAGUAAUUGUGUAUUUAUUUACAGGAAGGUGUGCUUUCAGAUUCCUGCAUUGUUAAUUGGGAAAGUGGUGGUUGUGAUUUCACCCUUGAUAAGCUUGAUGCAAGACCAGUGCUGGAAGCUAACAAAAUCUCUUGAGUGCUUCACUUUUCCUUAACUCGUUUUAGUUAUGCCUGCUAAAGCAACUCUGUUUGACAAGAACUGCAAUCCUCUACUGGAGCUUGGAACUGGUCCUUACAAUACUAUUCGAUGGAAUCCAAAGGGAAGAUUUUUAUGUUUGGCUGGCUUUGGUAACUUACCUGGUGAUAUGGUGUUCUGGGAUUACGCGGAUAAGAAACAGCUCGCAGCAACUAAGGUUGAAUGGUCUGUUACAAGUGAAUGGUCUCCGGAUGGGUGCUAUUUCAUGACAGCGACAACAGCUCCGAGGCUUCAAGUUGACAAUGGGAUCAAGAUUUUUCACUACAAUGGAUCAUUGUACUUCAAGAAGAUGUUUGACAAGUUGUUCCAGGCUGAUUGGAAACCAGAGUCGCCAAGUAAGUUUGGUGACAUCGCUGAAUUAAUCAAGUCUAUAGACUCUGUAAAACUUGAAGAUAAAAAACCAUCAGGUCAAGGACCAAAACCUACCCAGGCUUCUACAAAAGCCUCAUCUGCCAACCCCCCUGCGCAAAAACCCGCUGCCUAUUGCCCACCACUUGCUAAGACUGCAGCUGUUAUUCAGGCACAGCUACUUGGAGAGAGCCCUUCAGAAACAUUGAGCAAGAAUGCUUUACGAAACAAGGAAAAAAGGGAGAAGAAAAAGGCGGCUACAGAUGCCAGUUCUUCAUGAUUGAAUCAAGAUUCUCCCUGGCUCACUCUAGAUUCCUUCUCUAUUACUGCACUCAAAUGCAUGAGAAGUUGAGGCUUUUGGUUUAAGCUUCUUGAAUUUAAUUGUAUCACGUCCCUGGCAGAGAACUUCAGGCAAUUUUGGUUUGUUUGGAUCUUUGAGAUCAUUGAAGUUUUGAUUUUAUA